CUAUUUUUCUUCUAAUAAGUUCUGCAAGUUGUUCGAAUGAAUGAAGGAGAAGGCAAUGCUAGCUACUCCACCAACUCAGCCUUUCAACUUCUCUCUCCCUCUCUGAAUAUUUAUAAUUGUAAGUGUUGUUCAGCUAAAUUUGCAUGUCUUUUCUUAAAACUUGUAGAAACAGGCGAUGUUAAAGGCGAAGCACAUACUGGAAGAGAGCAUAAUAGAGCUAUGCAACAGCGGAAGCCUUACUGGGUGCAUAAGAAUGGCGGAUUUGGGUUGCUCUUCGGGGCCGAAUACUCUUCUGUUGGUGAAGCAAACUAUAGAAACAGUGGAUUUGAUAUGCAAGAAGUUGAACCGAGAAAUACCCACACUCCAGGUGUUCAUGAACGAUCUUCCUGGAAACGAUUUCAACGCCAUUUUCAGGUCGCUGCCAAGCUUCUACGAGCAACUGCCGCUCUGCAAGGACAAGUGCUAUAUCGCCGCCAUGCCUGGCUCCUUCUACGGCAGGCCUUUCCCUGAUCGUUUUCUUCACUUCGUCCAUUCUUCCUACAGUCUUCACUGGCGCUCUCAGGUUCCUGAAGGGCUCAGAAGCGAGUCGGGAAGUCGAAUGAACAAAGGGAACAUUUACAUAGCGAAAACAAGCCCGCCAAGUGUUCGACAAAAUUACUUGGAUUCGUUCCGGAAAGAUUUCACGCUGUUCUUGAGUUUUUGCUCGGCGGAGAUGGUCACCGGAGGUCUCCUCUUCCUCACUAUCGUCGCCACGGGCGAUUCGGACGGUCACCUGAACCAGGGGCGGAUCCAGCAUUUUAAAGUGGGGUGGCCUAGGCUAGGCAGCUCAAAUUUAAAUUCGACGGGGCUAAUAGAAGAGUCAAAGCUGGAGAGCUUCGAUUUGCCAUACUAUGUGCCAACCAUGGAGGAAGUGAGGCAAGUGGUUGGGGAAGAAGGGUCGUUCGAGUUGCAUAGGCAUGAGACUUUGGGAGUGGCAUGGGAUAGUGGUAUUAAUGCUAGCAUUAAUUAGCAAUGAGUGCGAAUGCACAAGAGGGAGAAGGGUGGCAAUGAACAUAAGGGCUGUGGGAGAGCCCAUGCUGGCCAGCCAUUUUGGAGGCGAGAUGAUGGAUGGCUUGUUUGAGAGAUUUGCAGCCAAGAUAGAAGAGUACUUGAAAGUAAAUAAAGGGGAGUGUGUAACGAUGGUCAUCUCCAUGACC